UUCUUGUUGUAUCUAUCACCAAUUUCUACAUACAGAUCACAUUUUUAUGUGAAAUAAAUAGCAUUUUUAAAAUAGAAUCAGGUCAAGAAUUUGUUGAUUGUUGACUAGGCAGUCAGCACUGUCAAAAAUGAGUAAUACCAAGGAUAAAUCUAUCAUUGAUCUUGAUGAUGACAAUGAUGAUGAUGAUGACAUACCAUUAAGUCACAGGGCAAAUCAGCACACUUCUUCUGGGAAUUCAACUCUUUCUGUGUCAGACGAGAAUGAGGAUGACAGCCAUAUCCCCAGCAGAGAGACUUGUCAGGCUCUAACAGAACAGUUUGCCCAAGUGACUGGCACAGACACAGCAUUGGCACAGUUCUUCCUGCAGGACAGACAAUGGGACUUGGAGAGAUCAGUGAAUGCAUUUUUUGAAAGUAAAAAAGGAGGAGUGAAAGUUCUGCAAGAUGGAGAAGAAAAUGAGCUGGUGGUCACUUUUGACUCUAAAAUGGUGGAAGCUUUGGAGGGUGUACAGGUAUCAACGGUUGCCCCAUCAAAAUUUUCUAUCAUCUCUUGGAAUAUUGAUGGCUUAGAACCAAGUUGUCUUAAGAAGAGGACAAAAGCAGUCAUCAAAACCAUCGAAGAAGAGCGACCUGAUGUAGUGUUCCUGCAAGAGGUGGUGCCAGUGACAUACAGCUACAUGGAGGAACGCUUGCCUCAAUACAUGUUUAUUGCUGCCGGCUCAGAAGGAUACUUCACAACCAUGCUGCUGCUGCGCACAACUGUCUACUUCGACGGACAUGAAUUGGUUUCUUUUCCCAGUACUGUAAUGAGCAGAAACUUGCUGGUUGUAGAUGCACACAUUGGCGCCUGCAACUUGCGGCUGAUGACGAGCCACCUAGAGAGUAUGGCAGAGCACUCUGAGGAACGCAAGAAGCAACUCAAUAUGGCCUUUGACCGCGUGACUUGCGCUCCCAGUAAAUUCAACGUUAUCUUUGGUGGUGACCUCAAUCUCAGAGAUAAAGAAUUGGCAGCUGUCGGGAUGCCGUCUCGCGUUGACGACGUCUGGGAAGCGACUGGCAAACGCUUGGCAGCGCAGUACACGUGGGAUCUCACAAGAAACACCAACAAACAAAUGGCUUCCAAGUUCCAACCUCGUUGUCGGUUCGACCGAAUGUACUUAAGACGGAGUGACAAAUCCGCUUCACCGGCCAGUAAAGAGAAGGAAAUCAAAGAGGGCCCUAGCGUGGCUGUGAUCCGCCAUUUCGGCCUCGUUGGCCUCAAAAAAGUUCAAGGCACCCAAGCCUUUCCAUCGGAUCAUUGGGGAUUGCAUGCGCAUUUUGAGAUUGUGUGAGUGAUGAAAUAAGCUUUCUUAUAUAAUCGUUGUGGAUUGUAAGCGCCUUUUGAGAUUGUGUGAGUGAUGAAAUAAUCCUUCAUAUCUAAUUAUCGGAAAUGCACAUUCCUAUCUGUACCUAAAUAAGCUUCCAUAUCUGAUCAUUGGAAUUGGUAUGCCUAUUUUGAGAUUGUAUAAGUGAUGAAAUAAGCAUUCAUAUCUGAGCAUUGGGGAUUGCUCUGUAUUUGGAAGUAGUGAUGAAAUAAGCCAUACCAUUUUAUCUUCGGACAGAAAGCGCGUUUGAAUUUCUAGGAAGGGAUUGAGCAAGAAUUUUUUAGACACUUGAUCUCAGGCGGGUGACAAACUUCAAAAAUAUGGAGAAGCCACGAUAUUUGUCAUAACGUAGUUUGCUGGUUCAACCAAAUAUAGUACGAUUAAUUGCGAAAUGGAGAGAGAGCUUGCUUGCUUCUCUCUGGAGUGCAGUUUUUAUGGAAGGAUUUUUUUUACUGUGAAGUGAGUGAUUUACUUGGUCUUUUCACUGACAGGAAUUUCAAAAAUAAUUAAAAGGUCAAAUAAAUUCACCCAAUCUUCAUUGAAAACGAUAGAGACCAGUUUCAACAUUUGCUUGAACACGGGCAAUCCGAGACAAACGCUGAAACAAAGAGACCAAGAAAUCUAAGUACAGAUCAAUUGACAAUAUCAAAUAAUUCGUAUUCAGGUUUCAGUCCCUCUCAUUUCGGUCUCCUCUUUUCUCUAUUUAUUGCCCAUUAUUCUUGAAUUUUGUCAACUGAAUACAGAGCUGGUCUUACAAUUGUUUUGAAGAUGUGACGAAUCACUCGGCAUUGUCUUAGGUUUGAUAUUUUUUAUAUGACCUUGUGAU